AUGAUAUUCGCCGUAUCACAGAUGCGUACCGUGGUGUUCUUACUCGCCGUCGGCGCAGUGUUCGCCCAUUGCCAAUCCCAGAAUUCUGGCUACGAAAAUGCAGAGGUUGUACAACCUGCACCUGCAGUCCCACCCAGUGCUAGCGGUGGAGACCAGCAAGCGUACAAUUCGGAUGGUGGAUCUGGCGGAACUAAACCAGCUCCCGGGCCUGGACCUGCGCCAGGACCUGGACCUGCUCCUGGACCUGGACCC